AACGGGGUUCCGUGGCGCUCUCCCUCCGGCGCACACGUCCGCGGUUCGCGGCUCGCGAGGGGGGCGCGUUCUGCGGUGUACAGCUUCAACGGCCACAGCGACUUCAAAACCGCUCGCUCAGUCAGUCGCGACGGUUCCAACGGACAAGUGCUACGCCGACUUCGGUGUUCCAGUGACGAGGUAGACAGCGGCACAAAAAAGCACCCUAAACGCCGACCACAGCGAUCGGUAAAGGGCCCGAACCACUCGAUCUCUGUUCCAGACUCCCGGAGAAACCUGUUUUUCGGCUCGCCCCGCAGCUUUCGUUGUGUCUGUGAGUGUGCGCGUGUGUAAGAUUUGCUGUCCAUCGGAACCUGCGCCCGUCGUUUGCGAGAUGCUGCGCUUCAACAGAAGCUUUCUUUUGCUGAGCGUCUUCGCGGUGGCAUGCUAUGGCCAGACAAGGGUGCCCGUCUAUGUGUACUAUGAGUCACUCUGCCCGGACAGUGCGAAGUUCGUGAACGACCAGCUGUACCCGGUAGCUAAGAUGUUCAAGAACAACAUGGAGCUGCACCUGGUACCGUUCGGUAAGUCGACCUACCAGACGCAGGGCUCGGAGGUGAUGUUCACCUGUCAUCAUGGCGAGAACGAGUGCUACGGCAACAAGGUGCAUGCCUGUGCCAUCCAGCACAUCCAGGGCAACUCGUUCCAGCCGAACAUCUCGCGCGAGGACCUGACGCUCGACUACGUCAACUGUCUGAUGGCGCGUGCCCAGCUGAAGGACGGUGAAUUCCCGACCAAGGUUUGCGCCGACGCCGUCAAAAUCGAACAGUGGCAGACGAUCGAGGAGUGCGCCAAGAGUACCGAGGGUAGCCAGCUGUUGAAGCAGCACGGCGAGACUACCAACAAGCUGCAAAUGCCCCUCAGCAGCGUUCCCACCGUGGCUUUCAAGCAGACGUACGAUGGCGAACUGCAGAAACUCUCGAUGAGCAGCUUCCGUCAAGCGCUAUGCAAAAACCUGAACCCCCAACCCGUUCAGUGCUUCGAUCUUCCCGGCUCGGCGUCGGCUAUGAGUUCUUUCGGAUUCUUUAUCACCGUAGUGGCCGCAAUCGUUAGCAGAAUGUUCUAAGAAAGCAUCCUGACGGUAGGAACAACAUCAACCAAGAGAGAGAGAGAGCGUGAUCGUGCUUCACCACUAUCGUCACCUAUUCCGUCCAUUCGCCCGAAAGAUUCUGUUUUAGAAAUGGUUGUUCCGAAAAAGUUUUAAUAAACGGGGACGCGGUCCUAGUGACACUGA